AGAUUUUAUUUUUUUGCAAAAUGUCUGAAAGUUCAACAAAUUCUGAUUUUGAUUUAGUGGAUAAUAAUGAUAUUGAUAUUCAAACAAAGCUUAACAAUCUUUUAAUUGAAUUUAAUGAAGAGAAGGAGAAGAAUGUUAAACUUCAAGAACAAAUGAAUGAGAUUAAUGCUUCGUAUGAGAAAAAUAUGGGAGAAUUAAAAAAUAAAUUGGAACGUUUAAGUAAAAAUUGUAAACGAGCGGGAUUGCGCAUUCCUAUUCCUUUUUCCCAAAAGUUUGGAAUCCUUAACAUUAUUUUAAUAUUUUUAGGUUUUAAUAAGUACGUCGAUGUUUGUACUCAAAAUAAUUUUAUUAAACCAGAAGAAGAAUGCAAUAACUAUUCUUUGUUUUAUUUUGAAGUUAAAGUUAAAAUAGAAGGAGAGAAAAAUGGCUAUAAUACCUGGUUAAAUAUUGGUCUUAAAAAUGGUAUUUCGGGUCCAAUUAGUUUGCGUCCAGGGGAUGGAGUAAUUGAAAAUGAAAGAUGUGAAGUAUUUAAAAUUGAAGAGUUUUCUUGGAUCGAUGGAGAUAUAUUUGGUUGUGGAUUAGUUUAUCCACCAAAGAAUAAAUCUGAAAAGUUUCCAUAUAUUUUCUUUACUCAAAAUGGAAAUCAAAUUGGUAAAGCGAUUUUAUUGAGAGAUAAUUUUGACCCUUUUAAACCAUAUGUUUGUUCAAGGUGUUGUUCUGCGGAAGCAAAUUUUGGAAAUAAUUUGGAAACUAAACCUUUCUGUUAUGAUAUUACGAAAAAUUUUGUGAUUAAAGAAUUUUAUGAAGAUUCUGAAGUUGAUUGA